UACUACAUCCCUAUCCCCUACCUCUCCGAGAUCUUUCACUCCGCACGCCAGUCGCUUGCAGAAGAAAAGGCUUCACAGCUUUUCCAGGCGCUCUCUUCACACGCUUCGACGAGAUCAGCCCCGGCCUGGAGAUUCGAGAAACGCGUACACGUCCACUUGUCCAGCAACUGUCGGCCCCCGCCAUCGCCAAUGAGCACCAUUCGUCGAAGUUGAAGCUGUCUCUACGGCUGCUCGCCGGCACGGCUGCUGCGCUUGCACGAUGCAGUGUGUUUUCGUCCUUCUACUGGCUACCGUCGACGUCCACUUUUCCGGGCGUCGACGGCGUCCUCGCGAACCGCCGAAAUGUCUAUGCGGUACAAGCCAAUAUAGCCGAUGAAUACAGCAGCCCUGAGCAGGGCUCCAGAACGUCUGGACAAUGUUCGACCAAGAGGUUCGGUACAAGCGCGUUUGGCACGUUGUCUUCGUCACAGACUCCAAGACGUUGGCGUCUCGGUACGCGGCGACAUAUGCGCAAGAGCUGAAGGACUUUACUCUCGGACAGGACAAGGAGGUGAACGUGUGGGGUUGUGUUCUUCCAUCGUCGUAAGCCCUGCCCUGUCUGUCAUAUGUCGACUCCUCUACGCUGACGAGGAGCGCAGACGAUUGUGGAGCAGCGUCCUCUGAAUUGAUUGGGUCCUCGAAGUCCUACUGAUGUAUGAUAAUGUUCUGUCCGUCUUCGUCUAGUCGUUGAGAAAAUUAAGUAUGUAUGUAGUCGAGUUUGCGUGCAAAUUGCGUAUGGUCUGACCGGUCCGUGUAUCAAAUAGCUGGGCUCGUUCCUUGCGUCUAUGUCUGCGGCCCGAGGUCCCAUCCUCGAACCACAUGCAUACAAA